AUGGCUUAUCCAUACUAUUCUCCUCCACCUCCUUCGCCACCCCCACCACCACCAACCUCACAAGUAUUGUGUAAUCCUAUAAAGACAUCACCUACACGCCCAGCACCAGUGCCCUCUCCCUAUAAGCCAGGUCCACCUCAACCAUUAAAACCACCAAGCUACGCUCCUGGUUCAGCUCCACCACCGAAACUAGCAUGGGCACCCUCUCCUGACAAGCCAACUUCACCUAAACCCCCACACGCAACACCACCAAGUUACCAUGUUUCACCUCCAACCCCAUUAAACGGUCCAGUUUCACCACCUAAUAAAUUACCACCAUAUACAACUCCACCACAAUAUAAUAUCCCACCACCACCUAAACCUAGCUCAGCCCCACCAGUAUAUGCUGCACCCCCAACUUUUAACUCGGUGCCACCAUCGUCAAAUGUUGUAUCACCGCCUCCUGGAGGCAAUCACACCACUGUCAUUGUCGUGUGCGUUUCGCUUGGUGGGGUGUUCUUCCUUGCAUUCCUUUUGAUUGGCCUCAUUUGUUUGGCUAAGAAAAAGAAGAAACCAGUUAUGGUUCCUGCAGCUCCAGUUUGUAUUGAAGAACAUGUAGUAAUUCAAGAAACCAUUGCUACAGGACAAAGUGAAGAAGAAACUGCGACAGUGUCUAUGGAGGAUGAUGUGCGUAUUCAUGGAGUUUUAGGUGUUGUUGGUUCUAGUAGUAGUUCGAAUACGAGUUCUCCUAGUGGCCCUUCUUCUCCUUCUGAAUCAGGCCGGCAACCCAAAGGUCCAAGUCAUGGUCAAGGCUACUACGGUCAAUAUUAA